AUGAACGGGGCUUCAGUUGCAUUACCCUCAGAAACAAUGUACCAUAUAUUCGGCGAAGGCUCAGAGUGCCGUGGAGUGCAGGAUGAGGAUGAGGAUGAGGAUGAAUGCUGUAAGAAUAAUGGGAAUACUUUAAGUCUAGUGUCACAAAUGUGGCUGAAGAGUGAUAUAAACUUGGCCAGGGAAAUUGAGCAGAACUAUUGUUACGCACGUAAAAUGGAACACGAUGAAACAGGUAAUAAAUGGUGUCAGUUCUUUUAUUUUUGGUUAGGUGAUAGAAUAAAAGACAAUUUGAAUAAUUGGGGCUUGGCGGAAAUCAUGGGGAAAAUUUACAGUCUCCUUCCGGAACACCAAUGUAAGAGUGAUUUCUAUAAGUUGUACGAUGAUGUUGGCGAGUACAUUUUCCCAGACUGUAGGGUACUGUUCGAUUAUGAUUAUAACAUUAAUGCUUGGCAAGGGGACAAGAAAUGUACGGUAGGUUCCAAUAGUCCAGAAUAUAUGGGACAACAAGCGAAAGCUCAGUCGGCAUAUUUAGCGUUAUGUAAUAGAUGUGAGGAAAGUAAUGAUAAAUGUUGUACUAAAUUUAAAAGUGAAUACUGGGAAGGUAAUAGGUGUAAACGGUGGCCACCGAGGAACCUACCAAAACUAACGUGCACCGCUGAACGGAAGCCGGAGCAUGAGGACGAACUUCUGGAGGAUGAGGAUGAACCCCGAGGACAUGAACCUGGACCUACAUCAAUGGAAAUGGGAAAAGAAGCACUCAUGAAGCUGCAUUUGGAAGGUUUACCUUCCAGGAUGGCCUAUCAGGACUUUGAAUUAUACUGGGACACAUACAAAUCCCAUCCAUCUGUCAACGCAGUAAAAAGUAGUCUGCAACCCGUGUUGAAGAUGUAUCCAGAUAUCUCUGAAUGUUUGAAUAAAAUUGUGGGUGCCUGGUACUAUGUGACAAAUGUAAUGCCCACGCAGAAUCAAUCCUUUGAGAAGCGUUGUGAAUAUUUCUAUUAUUGGCUUGGAUCUAUGAUGUCCAGCGAAUUAGGAAACAAUGUUUCAUUUUCGCAGGUGGUGCGUGCAAUAUACACGGAAUUAGGGCAGUUAUCGGCUAAAAACGGGUGUGGAUCUGUACCCACUACUGUUAACGGAGUCCUUUUCAAUCAGAGGAAAAAGAUAUUCGACUUCUGGCGUGACCAUAUUGCUCUACGAACAUUGUUAAAAAGUAGUAUGUUCGAGUGCACUAGUGCGUAUAGUAGUUACGUAAGUGCCGUUACUGCAGCAUAUGCAGCUGUAGAGGGAGACUACGAAAGGAGCUCUGAUCAAUACUGGGACGCAUUCUGGGGGACGCAUAAGGAUACUAUUAGUAAGGAAAUACCGAAUUUGGCUUGCCCAGACAAACCUUCUGCUGGGGACGACGUAGAUCUUGGGGAUGCUCCACGGAAUGAGGAGCACAGUGUAUCCAGCGUAAAAGGUGACGGGGCACAAGCAUCGGAGAAGGAACUUUCAAAAGAUUCUAUAUCACAUCAGGAAGAAACUACAGAAGGCGCUACUUCCACACAUCCGACAAAUGCAACACUUCCCGCUACUAUUUCUUCCGUCUCUGCAUUGGUAGGACUAGCCACAAUCACAUUCAUUUUAUAUAAAGUAAGUAAUUACAACAAUUACAAUUUAAGGUAUAAAUAA